AUGAAUAUUUAAUAAUUGAUUGACUUAUUUACUCAGAGAUAUAAUGGAAUUCAGCCACAAUUUUUAGUUAAAGCACCUGGUAGAGUUAAUGUAAUCUUAUCAUAAAUGUUAGUUAAUUGGUGAACACAUCGAUUAUAUGGGAUAUGGAGUAUUGCCAUUUGCAUUAGAACAAUCUUGUUUUAUGUUAUUUGCUAUAGAUGGAAAUGACAUAUAGAUUUAGCAUGCUGAUGACUAAUAAUUUAAACAAUUCAAUUUAUCUCUGAAUCCAAAAGAAGAAUAUAAUGAAAUCCAAAAUUAUGUUAAAUAUGUACUUGCUGGAUAUAGAGCAGGAAUUUAAUAUGGAAAUGCAAAUUAAGGAAUUAAAAUAUUGAUUAGUGGAAAUGUACCAUUUUCAUCAGGAUUAUCUUCAUCAUCAUCUUUGGUAGUGGCAUCAUCCUUAAUGAGUUUACAAGUUAGUGGAAAAACUUAAUAAGAUAUUGAUAGACAUUAAUUUGUGAAUUAGAUUAUAAAAUUUGAAAGAGAAGCUGGCACUGCUUGUGGAGGGAUGGAUUAAACCAUUUCUGUUUUUGGAUAAGAGGGAUCUGCAUUAUAUAUUGAAUUUGAUCCAUUAAGAUUAACUUAAGUUAAUUUACCAAAAGGAUAUUCAUUUAUUAUUGCAAAUUCAUUGACAGAAUCAAUUAAGUUAGAUACACUUGGAAAGCAUUAUAAUAAAAGAGUAGUUGAAUGUAGAAUUGGAAUUAAAUUAAUAGAAUUGGCUUUAAAUAGUGGAACUAAUUUUAAAACUUUGAAAUAAUUAUAGGAUCAUUUACAAUUAUCACUUGAUUCUAUGGAAGAACUUUGUAAAUUUAUUCCAAAAGGUGAAAUAGAUCUAGAAUAAUUGGAAUAAUUAAAAUUACCUGUGCUUUUAGCUGAUAUUCCUUAUUUUGAAUUAGUAUUAAAUUAGAAUAAAAGUGUAAAUCCUUAUAAUAGAUUGGUUCAUGUAGUAAAAGAAGCUUAAAGAGUAAUAAAAUUCAAAAAUAUAUGUGAUUCAAAAAUGUCUGAUGAUGCUAAAUCAAUAUUGUUAGGUUAAUUGAUGAAUCAAAGUUAAAAAUCUUGUAAAGAAUUAUAUGAAUGUUCAUCAGAGAAUAUUGAUAAAUUAACAAGUUUGUGUAUAAAAUAUGGAGCUUUGGGAAGUAGAUUAACUGGAGCAGGAUGGGGAGGUUGUACUGUUAGUUUAGUCAAAGAGACAGAAGCUAAGAAUUUUAAGAAUAAAGUACAAUAUAUUAUUCAUUAUAGAUUAUUGAAUUCUAUUACAAUCACAUUGAAAACUAAGAUCAUAUUUUUGCAACCUAACCAUCUUAAGGAGCUUCUAUCAUAAAACUAUGAUUUUUAUUAUUCAAAAG